UCUCUCGAUGGAAUCCCUAGAGAGGGUGGCAAUCUUCAUUCCCAGACCCGCGGCUCGCUGCUCCGGCCGCCGCCGUCUCCGGCACUGUACCUACUCUUAUAGGUCUCAUUGCUCGAAGCUAUCCCUAAUUUUCCCCUCCUCCUCCUCCUUCUUCUUCUUCUUCUUCUUUCGUACAACGAAGUAAUCAGGGGAUGGGGGCGUGGAUGAUCUUGUUAUGGGUCAUUGCUUUCUUCCUCCUUAUUGCUAUCCUCAUUAUGGUCGUUUACCAGCUUAUGUGUUUGGCUGACCUAGAGUUUGACUAUAUCAACCCUUAUGAUUCAGCUUCACGCAUCAAUUAUUUGGUUGUACCGGAGUUUAUCCUGCAAGGAAUCAUAAGCCUAUAUUUUAUCUUGUCUGGACAGUGGUUGAUGUUUCUGUUUUCUGCGCCUAUUCUUUAUUAUAAUGUGAAACUGUAUCAGCAGCAGCAGCAUCUGGUAGACGUUACAGAGAUCUUCAACUUGCUAAAUAAAGAAAAGAAACGACGCCUCUUCAAGCUAGCCUAUCUGGUUAUUCUUCUCUUUCUGUCAUUUUUCUGGAUGAUAUGGAGCGUGCUGGAAGAUGAGUAAUUCAUUGGCUCAUUUCACCGGCUUGAGCUUCAGAACUGUACUUUGAUGGUUUAGGAGAAUUACCACCCUGUUUUUGUUAUUUGUUAUUUUUUUAUUUUUUUUUGUAAUGUUUGUUUGUUGUAAUUUUUGUUUUCAGCUUGUAUUUAUCAAGGCCUUAUGUUAUAUUUAGCAUAGCACUCAAUUCUGAAAACAUAUGUAUUGUUGUAUACACAGCUCUAGCAGGAGCAUUGUGGCAUUUCUUCCAUAUAGGUUUAUUUGCCAUACUUCAUGAUGAAUGUCAUUGAAUGUAUGACAUUUUGUUGGCCA